AUGGCCUCCAAGAAUCACAGAUCAAUCAUAAGCGCGCCCAUCAUUCAUGUCGGCCUUGUUCCAUGGAGUAACAAAGAACAAAUUGCCCAGGCCAGACAAACCAGCAUCACGAACGACCAACGGCUCAUAAUCCAGGCUUAUGUGUGUCGGACGGAAAACCGACAGGCUUAUGGUGGACGCAAAGCCGAGAGGCUUGCACACACUGAAAAGGGAAUGCCAGCGUGCUAUGAGACGGCAAGUUGUCUGGGAAGCUGGCAGGCUAUAAUCGGAUGGAAAGCCGAUAAGCCAUCAGACGGAAAGCCGGCAGUCUCUAUAAUCAUGACAUCAGUGCAUCCGGAUGCCAAGCUAGUCGAUGCCGAGCUUCACGAGGGCUCUCAAGAGCCCACCUCAGGGGGGGGGGGGGGCACCCAGUGGGAUUGCCCCACAGGGGACUCCAUCGCAUUGAUCAGUUCGGGGAGUAGUUUAAAAAACUGUCUUGUAUCUUAUCUGCAGCAUUUCUUGGUCUCCAAGCGCUAUGACACAUAG